AUGUAUGAAGACUACAAUAGUUAAAAUGGUAUUAUUUAGAUAUGGGAUCCAAUACAAAAUAAAUAUCUUGUUUCGAUUUCAAUGAAAAUGAACUCUAAUAUAAAUACUACUUUUAAUGUCAUUUAAUUACCUAAUACUAACUUAAUAAUGAUAAAUUAUAAAUCUAUGAUGAUAUAAAUUUAUGACUUUACUAAUAUAGAUUAAUAAAAAUACUCUGUCUUAUCAGCAUAUAACUUAAGUGAUGGUUUAUUGUAAUUUACGGCAAAUUAAGAUUUAAAAUUUAAUCAGCUAGUUCAUGGAUCUAAAAAAGUUAUAUUUUAAGAUGGUUUAAAUAAGUAUUUUGGAAUUUAAAUUGAUUAAAAUUUAUUCGCGAAAUCUAUUACUUAAGAGAAUAAAUAUGGUUAAAUCUUAGUCUAAUAUUAAAUUUAGCAAAAUUUAAAAAUAUAUGAUUCGAUUAUGUCUGUGUAAGAAUUAUAAGUUGCAAAUGUAGAUCUAGGAAACAAUUAAAGUUGGUCUGAAAAUAGCAAUUUUUAUAAAAUUAUUUACAUUGCUGCUAAUUAAUCUUUGUACUUUUAUUAAUUAAAUCCAAUAACAAACACUUUAUGUAAAAAAAAAUUAGACAAUUAAAAUAAAGUAGAGUAGUUUCCUCUCUACAAUUUUUAGGGGAUUUAACCUAUAUUUAUAAUUGCUGACGAAUUAAAUAGUGUAGUAACUUUAACAAAUCAAGGACUUCUAGUUGUUUAUAAUAUAAUAUCCUUUUCGAUCAUUUCUACUUAAUAAACUAAUUGUAAUAAAGCUGAAAAUGGAGAUUAUUUAAAAAAUCUUAAGAUUGCUAUAUUUUUCUGCUCAUAUGGAAAUCUCUUACAAUAUAAUUUAGUCAAUUAAACAAAGAAUGAAAUUCCUUCCUCAAUUUAAAUGAUAUCCAGUUUAGCUGUUAUCAAUGAGAUAAAUUGUAUUUUUAUAGGUGAAUUUGAAACUGGGAUUAUUUAUGGAUACAAAAUAUUGCCUUAAAUAAAUACUUUAUCCAACUUUAUAUAAAUAAAAAUGAAACUAAGUUAUGAUAUUUUAGGAUUUGGAUAUACAAAUGAUGAACUUCUUUUUAUCAAUACAUAUCCAGGAAACAUUUAUAUUAAUAUUAAAGCAUGUCUUCAAGAUCAAAAAAUAUGCCAGAUAUGUGAUAAAACUUUUUAUUUUAGUAACUCUUAGAAUUUUUAUCCUCAACUAUAAAACUUUGGUAUGGGAAACACCCUUUUCCCAUUUACUACAUCUAAUAAUCUUAUAACAGCAUUUUUAUAUGUAAAUUCUUUGAGAUUCAGCUUAGAUUAGUUUAAACUAAUGAAUGUGAAUAUUUAUUUUGACAAUUAAUAAUAAAGUUAAAUUGCAUAAUAUAUACUAGAUCUUCCUUAGCCUAAUCAAUUGAAUAUAACUUUAUCUGCUAAUUAAUAUUCACUUGAAUAAAAUAGAGCUGAAAUUGCUAUAAAUGGAAAUUUCAUUUUCAACAACUUUUACUAAGUUUCUAUAAUAAAAAUAUAGUUUUUUUUCCCUCUUUUAAAUAGCUUUGAAUGCUCAUUAAACUUAUAAAAUAUUUAGUAAUUAACUUUAGACAAUAUAUAGGUUUUUGGGGGAAACUAGCAAUACAGCUGCUUUAAAAUAAAUAUUUACAAUUCUUCGGCUACAAUAAAGAAUAUCUUCUUGAAUAAUUUUACAUUUAUUAAUCAUCCUUAUUUAAUACAAACUUCAAACUCUGAUAAUAUUACAAUUAACAAUGUGCAAUUGACUAAUUCUGAAAUUACCAAUUUUUAAUUUCUUACAUAAACUUCAUUUACUUCUUUAUAUUUAAAUAACAUUUUGAUCAAAGAAAACUAUUGUAACAUUGAUAUAAUAUAAAAUAGUAACAGUGUAUCAUUUUUUGAAAUGGGCUAGCUUACAGCAAGAAAUAUUACAAUUUUAAACAAUACUUUAUGCAACACUAAUAUUUUUGAAAUAAAAUAUUAGACAAAUUACAAGAACAUAAUUAAUAAAAUAGAAUAUAUAUCAAUUUAUAACAAUUUGAUAAUGACUAUGAUGCUUUAAACAUUCUUAAUGAAUGCUUAAUUUUAAGAAUUAAUUAAUCCUGAUCAUCAAAUAGAUAUUAAUAAUAUUUAUAUCAGUUAAAAUGAAGUAUCAAAUUUUAUUGAACCAUUAUAUAUAAAAGGAGUAAAUAUCUUCAACUUUCAGAAUAUAAAAUAUAUCAACAUAAAUAAAGUUGCAAUUUAAAAUAGUUAAAAUGUUGGUUUAGGAUUAUUUUAGAAUGCAUUAUAAUUAAAUAUAAGCUAAGCAAUAUUUUAAUCUGAUUAUGAUUAUCAAAUGUCUAAAAUAUACUUAAAUUCUUAAAAUUGCUUUAAAAUAAUAGAUGUGUAAAUCAUUAAUAUUAUUUAAUUGGACAUAAAUCAAAAACCAAUCAAUGAUAUUGAUGCUAUAUCUAUCUCAGUUAAAAGUUACUACCCAAAAAUAUUAAUUUAAGACUCUUCAUUCAAAAAUAAUAUAUUAAUUUAAUCUUAAAUCGAUUAAUCAAGUAACAUGUUCUAUAUUUCUAGUUCGCUUUAAGCUACAAUAGUAUUACAGAAUUUAACUCUAUCAGAAAAUUAUUUAUUAGGUCGUCAAGAUACAAUGGUAGUUUCAGCUUCAGGGUUUAUUAUUGACAAUUAAGAUGGUAUUGUUAUAAUGAAUAAUAUUAUAGUGAAUAAUCUCUACACUAGUUCUGCUUAUAGUCCAUUCUAUAUUAUAGUUUCGGAACUAUUUGUAUAAUAUUCCGAAUUUUAAAACGUAUUAUAAAUUAGCUAAUUAAGUGACCCAUAACCUUAUUUUUUUGAUUUAUAAACAAACGGAGUUUAUCGUGGAGGAGUUUUUUAUAUGGCUAUAUAAUAAAAUCUACAGAUUUAUGGAUCUCUUUUUAACAAUUCAAAUUCAAUUGUAGGAGGAUUUUUUUAUAUUUAAAGUAAAUAUUUAUAAGCAGAUAUAUAAAAUUCUAUUUUCUAAAAUGGAAUGGCAUAAUAAGGUGGCAGUGCUUUUUAUCUAUAAAGUUCAACCUAUUAUAAUUUAACGAUCUAAAAUUCAUCUUUUUCAAACUUUCUAAACUAUAAUGAUGGAACAUCUUUAUUUGGUCUCAACUUAGAUAUAGAUUAAAAUUCUUAAAUAUAGAUAAAUAAUGUGAAUUUUAGUUAAAUUUAUGGUUUCUAAUAAAAUAGUUAUUUGAUAAAAAUAAAAACAUGCUUUGUAUUAAUUUAAAACGUAGUUAUUAUUGAAGAUUUAAAAGUUCUUCAAAAUCCAAAUGACCUAGCAUUUUUAAAAUUGAUUAAGAGUGGUAAAUUAACCUUUUCUACAAUUCUAAAUUCUUAUGAAAGUUCUAUUUAUAUAAAUGAAUUUUCUUUAAGUAACAUUAGAACUGUUAGUAGCUUAUAGUAUAAUGUAUUGUUUUUAGAUAUUUUCAGAUCAAAUAUUAUUAUGUUUAACUCAUACUUUGAAAAUAGCUUUUUUAAUCAAGGAGGAUUUGGCAAAAUUUAAAAUUCAAAUAUAACCAUAGAAAAUUUUAAUUUAAAAGAUUUGACUUAUAUAGGAAUUUUUAGUUUAGUUUAAAAGACAAAUGUAAAUGCUCCAAACGGAUAUUUUUUAUUUGUUUUAGACUCCCUUUUUUAAUUGAAUAACGCUUUUAUAAAAAAUAUUUAAUGCCAUUAAUUUUGUAUUGGUGGAUUUUUAUAAAUAUAAAAUUUUAGUGAGCUUUAGAUCAAAAACACAACAAUAUAAAAUGCAAGUGCUUAUUAAGGAGGAGCUCUAUCAAUUUAUUUUUAAGACUAUAAUAAAUUAAUCAUUUAAAACUCAACAUUUACUAACAAUUAAGCAUAUUAUGAAGGUGGAGCAGUAUACAUGAUGGUAUUUGUUUAUCAAAGAAAUAUAGUUUUUGAAAUUGACAAUAUUAUCUGUAAUGAAAACAUAUCUCUUAAUGGUGAAGGAGGAUGCUUUUAUGUUUUCAAUCCAAAUUUUAAUCGAUAAGAUAAUUAAAUCUCAUUUUGUGUAUAAAAUUCAAAAAUAAUUCAAAAUUAAGCUUAAGUUGGUGGUGGUAUAGUUUAUUAUGGAGUUUAUUUUGAUAAUGUUUUUUCAUAAGCUAACAAAAUUAAAUUUAUUAAUGGAAGCUUUUCUUAAGAUGUAAAGGUUAUAGAAAUAGGAGAUUCUUUAUAUUUGAAAGAUAUCCAAAGUGGAUUUGAAAUUUAUGAUUUAUAAUUUCAAUUAAUCAACGAAUUCAAUUAAGUUGUCUCUGUAAUUGAUAAAUAUUUAUCUAGAUAAGAUUAUUAUCAGUAACAUAAUAUACAUUUUAACUAUGAUAUGUCUAAUAGUACCUACAUUUUAACUACUACCAAUAAAAAUAAUAAUACCUAACCACAAUAUAAUACUUAAAGCAAAACCUUCAAUAUAUAAAAUGUCAAAAUAUAAGCUUUUCCUUAACAAACAAUUAAUAUUAACCUUACAAAAAUAGACACUAUAAAUGAAAUUGAACUGCAAAUUUAAUCUUAUGCAUAUUAAAUUUAUAUUUCUGUGGUUAAUUGUAAAGCUGGUUAUAUUUCUGAUACAUCUUCUAAUAAAAUACCUAAUUGUCUUCCUUGCUAUGAAGGAACUUAUUCAUUUGAUUCUUUAAACUGUUAAAAAUGCCCUGAUGGUGCUUAUUGCAAGGGAAACACUGAUUUACAUGUAUUGACUGGAUAUUGGAGAAAAAAUAAAUAUGAUGAUUAGAUUAUUUUAUGUCAAAUUCCUAAUUUAUGUAUAGGUGGAUAAGGCGCUGGAAAUUAAUUAUGUUAGCCAGGGUAUGUAGGCGCCACAUGCUUAGCAUGCGAUAAAAUUAUAGAGUUUUCUAAAAUAUCAGAAAAUCAUUCAAAUUUAAUUAACUCUUCAUAAAUGAGGCAAAUGUAAAACUAAAGCUGCCUUGUAGAUUAAUCUAAUUGCCAAUAAGAUGAAGUAUUAGACUAGAGUAUUAUCAAAGUAUCUCUUGUUUCCCCUAGUAAACAUAAAAAAUUCAUUUCUUAAAACAUAACAAUUGAUAAAGGAUCUCCAUUGAUUUUAAAUAGCUAAAUGAAUUUAUAACCAAAAGAAGAGACCAAAAGAAACGAAGAAAAUCUUAUUUUUCUAUCUAAAUCUAAAUAAGUUAAUGAAACAAAUUGA